AUGGACAGCUCAUCGCCGCUUUCGUCACCUCUGUCCAGUGUGGGCACCAUAUCAACACCACCGUCGCCAUUCCCAACCGGCGAUUAUCCUUCUCCGCCAUGUAGCAGUGUGCCCGAUACUAGAGUACCGUCUGAAGCAGGUGAUGCUCCAGAUUUCGAUGGCCCUCCACCUGCCAAAAGGCGUAAGAUAAUGCAACCAAAACCCAGAACAACCGAGUAUCUCGACCUGCGCAGCUUUGGUGAAGGGUCCGAAGAACAAAUAUCACAGCAAGAUGCACAAAUGAAGCGUUUGGUAUCGGUUUUGCGAGGCAAGCGGAAGAUUGUGGUGGUGGCUGGCGCUGGUAUUUCGGUUUCGGCUGGAAUCCCUGAUUUUCGAUCCUCCACUGGAUUAUUCUCGAGCCUUCGAAAUCAACAUAAAUUAAAAUCGUCUGGGAAGGAACUUUUUGAUGCGUCGGUGUACAAAGACGAUUCUUCAACAACCUCGUUUCAUUCCAUGGUUCGCGAGCUAUCCCACUUGACGAAAAAUGCGAAACCUACACCCUUCCACCACAUGUUAGCGACGCUCGCAGAGGAAGGCAGAUUAUUGCGACUUUACAGCCAGAAUGUGGAUGGAAUUGAUAUCGCACUGGAGCCGCUUGCCACUAAGGUUCCAUUGAAUAGUAAAUCACCAUGGCCCAAGACGAUUCAGCUUCACGGUGGCCUAGCCAAGAUGGUUUGCUCAAAGUGCGGUCACUUGCAGGACUUUGAUGGCGCUCUUUUUGAAGGUCCAGAAGCGCCAGAUUGCGACAAUUGCGUUGAGACCGACUCGGUCAGAAUUGCUGCAGGUUCACGAAGGCACGGAAUUGGCCGGAUGCGACCUCGAAUGGUUUUAUAUAACGAAUACAAUCCAGACGAAGAAGCAAUUGGGGCGGUCAGCGCAGCGGAUUUGAAGAAAGUGGCCGAUGCAGUUAUUGUUGUUGGAACGAGUCUUAAAAUACCAGGGAUUCGCCGUCUCGUCAAAGAAAUGUGCAGUACAACUCGGGAUCGUAAAAAUGGGUUUACUGCUUGGAUAAAUCUCGAUGGUGAGCCUGGUGGUCCCGAAUUCAAGGAUUGUUGGGAUUUGAUCGUCCGAGGAGAGUGCGACGAGGUCGCUCGCCAUGUUGGUCUACCCAAAUGGGACGAUAAAGAUUUUGGACAGUACACCGUGGACACAAACGCAGAUGCAACUGAGAAGAAGCGUGGAAUCGACAAGGUACUUGUGACACCUGCUCGCAGUACUGCAGCCGCGGAUGCAUUUCCUACACCUGGAGCCAGCCCACGAGUCAAACCCCUGACACCUACAAACGCUUUCUCGAAACUGAAAGCAAUCACAGCAUCAGAUGGAUUAGUCAAAAAAGUAGCUCCCAUGAAAACGGCAAAGAGGAAGGCGCCUGGCGAUGCAAAGGUCAAGAAACCAAGGGCUCCGCCAAAACCAAAACCAAAGGCGAGCUCGAAAUUGAAGAAGCAAAUUUUACCUGCAGAAAAUCUGAAGCUGUCUAUGGCCACUACCAAAUCUGUGGGUGCUAGGGAAGGCAAGAAUGUGAAGAAGGAGAAUCCAAGGAAGAAAUUACCAUCGAAGCCCGAAAUAAUCGAACCAGCAAAUAUAGAGAACCCGUUCUCAGGAUCAACUACUACCUCCGCUUUAUUCCCAAAUCUCAAGCCCAUGGUACCCGUUGUAGCAAUUCCGUUACCUACUAUUCGUCCGAAAACUGCCCCUCCUACAAAGGCCUCACCGCUAUCUACUCUUCGUCAGGAAUCUACUCCAAAGAGAUCUGAUUCAUCACUUCUCUCUGACACUCAUACCAUUCCCGAAACGCCGAGUCCUUCUGGGAGUCCAAAAAGUAACACCUUUGAUCGCAGCGAAACGAUUACCCCUCCUUCAAAACCUACUGGCAUGAACUUUCUAAUCGAUUGA